ACCCACACUUCCAAAAAUCAUUAUAGCACUCAAUUAUUAACCUUAAAAUUCAGAUUAUAUAAUUCCAGAUUCUUACCCUGAAACCAGAAGCUCUGAAAUCAUUCACGUAUAAUCCAGACUUGGUUAAAAACCAGAAAAACAUGCACAUAUGGGUCCCCCAUCUUUAAAACCGACUUAACCCCACUUCUUAGUUCCCCCCUCUUUAAUUUCUCAUUAUUCCAUCUCCCUCCAAAAUUCUUCACUCAUCCUAACCCAAAACCCUUGUUUCAAUUCUAUCUCUUUCUCACGUAUUUUCACAACUGCAAAUCUGCAAUUAAUACCAUAACAUUUCAAAACAAUGACAACCCACAUCAGAAGAUUACUCCCACUUGAAGAAGAUCACAACCCAACUUUCUUCUCCACCAAAAACGAUCCUCCCCCAUCAAAAAUUCAGGAGAGAGAAAAUCCCACUAAUUACACCCCAUUAAAGCUUAAUCCUCCGUUUGACUCUGCAAUGGCGUUAACUGUUUUAGUCCUUAUAACGGCUCUUUUUUUCAUGGGUUUUUUCUCAAUCUACAUUCGCCGCUUCGCUGACGAUUCCUCCGUCGACCCGACCCGCCGACGCCGGAGCUCCAACUCGGCUGCAGGUUCCUCUACGACGUCGUAUCUUACAUCAAGGUUAAGAGAUGGUUGUUCUUCUUCACCAAAAGGGGUGGACCCCACAGUAGUGGAAUCACUACCGGUGCACAUGUACUUCGGUGGGGAUGCGAAGCAGGGGAAUAUUAAAAAUAGUAAUAUUGAUGAAAUGGAGUGUGCCAUUUGUCUAAGUGAAUUUGAGGAGAGAGAAUUGGUGAAAGAGAUACCAUACUGCGGUCACGUGUUCCAUGUCGGGUGUAUAGACACGUGGUUUAUAAGUCACGUGACUUGUCCGCUUUGUCGGACGGCGAAUCUAUUGUUGAAGAUAGGUGGAGGAAAGGAAGAGGAGCAACACGUGGAGAUCGCGGAAGAAAGAGGGUUGAGUGUAAGUGAGGUGGAGAGUAGUGGUGGUAGAGAAGUGAGGUUGGUGGUGGAUGAGGGUGACACGUGGCGUGAUAACGAGAGAGAGGUGGGGUCUGUUGGUGAGAGGAGAAGUACUAGUUGUCUAUGGUUUGGUGAGAGAGUAAGAUUGCAUCGAUCGUUGAGUUUUUGAUACCUACCCAAAGUAGAACAAAUAAAGAUGAGAGUGUAUCUGUGUAUGUCUUUGAGUUUGAUUAUAUUGAGAUUAGUUUCUUUUUGAUUGGAAAGAAACAUGUACAUGACUAGAUAUAUCAAUCUAUUGUAUAGAGAAAUUUUUGACAUGAAUGGUAAUCACUUUUGUAUGGA